GCUUAUAUUUUAGUUACCAAAUAUUAAAAUAAAAUUGAAAAUCUGCCUCUCACAAACACAAAAUCGAGACGGCCACCGUCGCCAGCGACAAGACUUCCAGAAAAGCAAAUCAACGACACACCCUUUCUCUCUCUGCUCCUUCUCUUUCACUUCUCUCCUCAAUCCGUACGCUCAGAUUCUUCCCUUUGUUCCCCGCCGCCGAUGCCGCACGCUUUACCGUCCUCCUCGUCGUCACCAUCACCAUCACCAUCACCAUCACCAUCACCAUCACCAUCAAUCGCUUUCUCUUCUCUCCACACGAUCUGAAUACCACGCCUUCCUCUUUCCUUUCAAGAUGGUGCUGGAAUUACUUUCCUCCAACACCUCUUGUAUUCCUCUCGACCUUCUCGUUCUCGAUGUAGUUAUGGCUUCCUUCAAUGGCCUUCUUGCUUUCGUCGCCUUCUCUCAGAGCACGAGAUUGAAGAAACCCUAGAUGUGUGGAACCCUAUAGAAGUGACAGCCAACAAUAUUAGUGCCACCGUUGCCGUCGUUGUUGAAGCCCGGAUUAGCGCCACCAUGGACGAAUGGUUCACGUGGCUACAGAACUCACUGGCCAGCCUUACUCCGCCGCACUCCUUCGGCAAUUUCAUUUCAUGAGCCGCUCAAGGCCUGCACGUGCCACUAGCUCCGAUUCCUCCAUCAAACGUGCUGUCUACUCUGAUCCAGCCAAACCCUCACGUAACGCCGUCCUUAUAGAUGCACUUUUUAUACGGACUUGCUUCUGGUAUUGCUCAGUCAGUCCACACAAUACCACAUGCGCCACCGCACACGCUACCAUUAGGUUCUGUCCGGCCGCUAACUUCUGGUUUAGCCGCAAAUCUCUGUGUUCGUCCCGAGGUUGGAAACAUUCAUGCUCACUCAACUUUUGAGGUGGGUGAAUCCUCCGCGUAGUCAUGAAGACAUGUACAAGGUUUGUCUCCCGGUGUUGCUCAACAUCAGUUGGACAUGCUUUGACAACAAAUAACAGCACUUGAAGCUACACUAAGGGCCCCUUCCACCACCUACUUGACCCUGCUAAUGUAUUUUGAGAAUCUGAUAACCUCGUUCCUUACUUUGCCCUCUGGUUAUGUGUCUAAUACAAUGACACAGUCUCCAGGGUAUUUUUCAGGGAAAAAAUUGAAUUGUCAAACUUAUUUUUCAUGGUCACAACCUAUUAGAAUGAUUUUUGAAGGGGCCACAAGUUUGAGUUUUUAACAGGAAAGAUACCUCGUCCCUCGCCAAGAGACCCACAGGAACGACACUGGAAAGUGGAGGACUCUCUUAUUCGGUCCACUAUGAUCAACAGUAUGGAACCCUAGAUCGGCAAGCCAUUACUGUAUGCUGCAACCACUAAAGAUAUUUGGGACACAGCCCAGACACUGUACUCCAAGUGUUAAAAUGCCUCUCGGCUUUAUACUCUGUGGAAAUAGGUCCAUGAAUACAAAUAAGGGAUGAUGGAUGUGACAUCUUAUUUUAACAAACUCUCUCUUAUUUGCCAGGAAAUGGAGGGAAAUUGUCUAGAAUUGUCCUAGUAAUGGUAUACAUCACUUGAGGAUUAAGGAAAUUGACAGAAUCUGUGACUUUUUUGCCGGUCUCAACUCUAAGUUUGAUGUUGUACGAGGGCAUAUUCCGGGCCAGAGACCUAUUUCCUUUCUGAUGGAAGUUUGCUCUGAAGUCCGUCUUGAGGAGGAUUAUACAAGUGCCACGAGUAUUUUGCCCCUAUUGAUUCUGUUGCCUUCAUUGUAAAGACCCCUGUUCAUGAUAGUGAAAAAAAUAGUGGAAAACUGAUCCCCAUUUGUGAACACAGCAUGAAACAGUGACAUGCCAAGGAGCAGUGUUGGAAAUUGCAUGGUCAUCCCCUGGGAAGUUCAUGAUCUUUCAUCGACAAACGAAACACAGGACGAGCCUGUGUGGAUGAGACUGCUAGACCGACCCACUUGGAGCUUUUGUCCAGUUAGCUCAUCAGAAUUCACAUGCGGAGUCAACAAGAUGGAUGGACACGUCAAAAAGCACUCCAUCUGAUGAUAGGCUCAUCUAACUUGGGCUAUAUGAUCUAUUUCAUAUUUGCACUAGUUGCUAUUAUUCAGCUCUGGCACUGCUGGUCUCAUGUGUUUGCAUUUGUCCUCAUGGCCUUCCCUAAAAUAUUAUUUCUUGCUGCUUUUCUCCUACUUCUUUCUUUCUGGGUCGACCUUUGCCAUCAGGCAAACGAUGAAGAGGAUGAUGAUGAUGAUGAAGAAAAUAACAUUCGACAGAGCUUGUUAGAAAAUUCAAAAAAUAAACCUGGUUCAUCAAAUGUAGAUGGGCAUCGAAGAUGUUGUGGGUUUCCUGCUAUUCACCUUGGAAGUAGGCAAAAAAUUGUAAUCGUGGUUGUCACGCUGGUAUUUUUACUCAUGGUCGCAGUUUCUAUUCUGAUAUGGAUUGGGGCAGGAAAAAAUCCUAUUGAUUCUACAACUGUUGUCAGGGUGUAUGAAGACUUUCUUGCUAUUACAGUCCUCCUAUCAGGAGGAGCCCUAGGCUUCUAUGGUUUUAUGUUAUUUUACAGAUUGAAAAAAGUUCGUUCUGAGGAAGCUUCUUCAGAGAUGAAGAAGGUUGGUGGUCUAGCAGUUGUCUGUGUUGUAUGUUUUACAUCAAGUGCUUUGGUAGAUCUUCUUACGGAUAUUCCUCUUUCUUAUAAUUGGCGCUUCAAGAGAACAAAUGGAGUAGAGGCAUCAGUCAUUUUGAGUUUGUACUUCUGCAUGGGUUCUUUGAUUCCAUCAGCGUUUUUAUUGUGGAUUAUGAGAGAGUUGCCACCUCCUAAAAAAAUUCAAAGACAAGAAGAAUCAAGAGCAAUUGCAUUUAUAAGCCAUGGGGCAGCUGAUGUAAAUCCUCAGGGUUGGACUGCUGUAGCUCGUUCAAAGAACCAGGGGUCGAGAGCAAGUCCGAUAUAAUGAAACACGUAAGGACGUGAUUGAAUGAAAAACUAUGAGCAGAGAUACAAAGUCUAACUUACGGGAUGAACGAUGAGAGGUUUGACCAAGAGCUGUGACGCCUGUAUAUUUCAACAAAAGUUGAUGACUAACAUCACAUGUCAGAGUAAUCAAAGAAAUGCAGCCGCACAUAUAUAUAUCUAUAUAUAUAUCGAGUUUUUUUUUUUUUUUUUUUUUUUUUUUUUUUUUUAUCUAAUAUAUUUUAAUCUAUUUUCCUCUGCCCUCCUCCCCCUCCUCUUCCCCCACCCUUCUUCUGCACAUAGUAGCCAAGGAUUGAUCGGUUUCUUUUGAUUCGGGGGGAAAAUGUUGUACAAUUUUUGCUUCCAUAGAAGCUUGAAAGUUUUGCAGAUUAUGUUGUAAAAUUACCCUUGUGUACUCACACUAGUUCUUCUCGUGGAAACUUAUAUUACAAUGGUUGAGUUUUAAGGGGCA